GAGCUGAAGCAGCUGGAGGAGAUGAACAAUAACACAAAAGAGAUAGAAAAACAGAAAGAAAAGUUGGAAAGAAAAGCCAAGAAAGAGGAGAUGUUGAAAGAGCUGGAGACAGCAGAAUGUCAAAGGCAGAUACAAAUGGAAGAAAAAAAACAAAGAGAGAGAGAAAGACUUCUAGACGUCCAAAGAAGGGAGAUGCAGGAGGAAAAACAAGAACUGGAGUUGCAGAAAAUUAAAACCUCUGAGAGGGAAAAGAAACUCAAGGAAAGGGAGCAAAAGAUGAAAGAGAAAAACCAAAGUGAGCUGCAACAAAUGGAGGAGAAGUGGAGAGUAUUGGCUCAGCAGAAGGAAGAUGAAUGGGACGAGAGGUGUAAAGAGAUUGAAAAACAGAGAGAAAAGGCAGAAAGAGUGGCCAAGGCAGAGCACGACAGAUUACAAAAACUGGAGAGAACAGAAAGUCAAAGACAGAUUAAAAUGAAAGAGGAAAAACAACGACAGACAGAAAGACUUCUAGAGGUUCAGAGGAUGGAGAUGGUGGAGAACAAACGAGAACUGGAGUUGCAGAAAUGUCCUGAAGCUGACAAGGAAGAAAAACUCAAGGAAAUGGAGCAACGGCUGAAAGAGAAAAGCCAAAGUGAGCUGCAACAAAUGGAGGAGAAGUGGAGAGUAUUGGCUCAGCAGAAGGAAGAUGAAUGGGACGAGAGGUGUAAAGAGAUUGAAAAACAGAGAGAAAAGGCAGAAAGAGAGGCCAAGGAAGAGAGAGUGAGAUUGCAAGAGUUAGAAAGACAGGAACAACAAAGGCAGAUGAUAAAGGAGCUACAGAAAGAGAGAGAGAGUUUCUUGAAGAUACAGAGGAAGGAGAGCAAACAAAGGAAGAUGGAUGAGAAACAGCAACUGGAAUUACAGAAAGCUGCCGUAGCAGAAAAAGAGGAGAAACUUAAAGAAAUGGAGAGAAAGAUGACAGAAAAAAAUCAGACUGAGCUAAAACAAAUGGAGGAAAACUGGACAAAAACAGCCCAACAGAAGGAAGAGCAAUGGAAAGAAAGAUGCAGAGCGAUAGAAAAACAGAAAGAAGAAGCAGAAAAAGAAGCCAAAAAAGACAAAGAGAUAUUACAAGAGCAAAGGAGAACAGAACAGCAAAUGCAGAUUGAAAUGGAAGAACUAAGAGAGGUAGAAAGAAGAGAUAAUGCAGAGAGACAAAGAGAGAUGGAGAAGAGAAAGCUGGACAAAGAGAGAAAAGAAGAGGAGAGACUAAGGCAAAGCCAAAUUAAGAUAACACAAAGAGAAUUUGAGUUACAGAAAGUUGUUGAGGCAGAGAUGGAGGAGAAACUCAAGGAAAUUGAAAGAAACAUACAAGAGACAAACAUCGCUAAGCUUAGACAAACAGAGGAAAAGUGGACAGCAGUAGCCCAGCAAAAGGAGAAUGAGUGGAAAGAGAGAUGCAGAGAGAUUGAAAAACAAAAAGAGGAGGCAGAAACCGAGGCUAAAAAAGGGGAAGAGAGAUUGCAAGAACUGCAGAGGGAGAAACUACAAAGGCAAAUUGAAGUGGACAAACAAAAAGAGAGAGAAAGGUUUCUGGAGAUCCAAAAAAGGGAGAUAGAGGAGAGACAAAAAAAGUUGGAGAUGGAGAAAAUUAAAGAAGAGAAAAGAGUAAGGCAUAUUGAGGAGAGACAAAGAGAGAUUGAGCUAAAACGAGAAAUGGAGUUACAAAAAACAGCAGAGGCAGAGAAACUCAAGGAAACUGAAAGAAUCAUGAAAGAAAAAAAUGAGUCUGAGCUGCGACAAAUGGAGGAAAAGUGGAAGGCAAUUGCUCAGCAAAAGGAGAAUGAGUGGAAAGAGAGAUGUGAACAAAUAGAGAAACAAAGGAAAGAGGCAGAGAGUAGACGGCUGGUGGAAGAAGCCAAGAGAGAGGAACGGAGAUUGCAAGAGGUAGAAAGAGAAAACCUUCAAAAGCAUCUUCAAACUGAAGAGGAAAAACAAAAAGACAAAGAUAGACUCCUGGAGACCCAAAAAAUGGAGAUGGAGGAGAGCGAACUAGAAAUGGGACAGAAAGAGUUGGAGAUGGAGAGAAAAGAAGAGAAAAGUCUGAGGCAUAUUGCGGAGAGACAAAGAGAGAUUGAGCUAAAACGAGAAAUGGAGUUACAAAAGACAGCAGAGGCAGAGAAACUCAAGGAAACUGAGAGAAGCAUGAAAAUAAAAAACGAGGCUGAGCUGCGACAAAUAGACGAAAAAUUUAAGGCAACUGGUCAGCAAAAGGAGAAUGAGUGGAAAGAGAGAUGUGAACAAAUAGAGAAACAAAGGAAAGAGGCAGAGAGUAGACGAAUGGUGGAAGAAGCCAAGAGAGAGGAAGAGAGAUUCCAAGAGGUAGAAAGAGAAAAACUUCAAAAGCAGCUUCAAACUGAUGAAAAAACUAGUGCACAGGGAAUCAAUUCUGGACAGCCUUUCAAAUCGAAAUGGCAAAUACGUUUGGAGAAAGAGAAGGAGAAACAGAGAGAGGCCAGGAGAAAUGCAGGUGAGAGGCAGAGAAAGGCACAAGAGGCAUGGAAAGAAGAGCUUAAAAGGAGAGAGGAGAAGAGAAAGAAUGAUGAAGAGGGGAGAUACUGGUUUGAACACCCAGAGGAAUGGCGCAAGCUCCAGGAACAGCUGGCCAUCAAGAAAGAGGACGAACGACGACUGCAACUGGAGAAGAAAUGGGAAGAAGAGGCAAGGAGGAUGGAAGAGAGAAAGAAAAGGGAGCAAGAAAUUGAGGAUGAAAUGAGACGUGAGAGGGAGAGGCAGCGAGAGACUAAGCGACAGAAGGAAAUAGAGAAACAGGAGAUUGAAAUGAAACUCCAACUAGAAUUAGAAAAACAGCGGGAACUGGAAAGACAGAGGGAACUGGAAAUGGAAAGAGAGAGAGAACAGGAAAUGGAAAGAGAGAGAGAACUGGAA